GCUUCCCUGCUCCUUUAAGCGUCCACUGGCUGCCGAGCGGCCGCAGUCUCAGCUCUGGGCAUCUGGGGAACCCAAGCGGCUUCGCCCGGUGGUCUGUGCGGGCGCCUGCGGUCUGGGUCCCACCUCCUCUGUGCUAUCUCACCCUUGAAGUUUUGCAGCACCAGGAAAAGAGAGCAAGAAAGGAGAGGGGAAGCGAAAGCAUACACUAAAACAUUUACUUAAAGGAGGAAAGAAAGGGGGCUCAGAAAUGGCUGGGGCAAUUAUAGAAAACAUGAGCACCAAGAAGCUCUGCAUUGUUGGAGGGAUUCUGCUGGUUUUCCAAAUCGUUGCCUUUCUGGUGGGAGGCUUGAUCGCUCCAGCACCAACAACAGCGGUGCCCUACAUGUCAAUAAAGUGUGUGGAUGUCCGUAAGAACCACCAUAAGACAAAAUGGCUGAUGCCUUGGGGACCAAACAAAUGUGACAAGAUCCGUGACAUCGAGGAAGCAAUUCCAAGGGAAAUUGAAGCCAAUGACAUUGUGUUUUCUGUACACAUUCCCCUCCCUUCUAUGGAGAUGAGCCCAUGGUUCCAGUUCAUGCUGUUUAUCCUGCAGCUGGACAUCGCUUUCAAGCUGAACAAUCAAAUCAGAGAAAAUGCAGAAGUUUCCAUGGAUGUUUCCCUAGGUUAUCGUGAUGAUAUGUUUUCUGAAUGGACUGAAAUGGCUCAUGAAAGAGUACCACGUAAACUCAAAUGUACUUUUACAUCCCCCAAGACCCUAGAGCAUGAAGGCCGUUAUUAUGAAUGUGAUGUCCUUCCUUUCAUGGAAAUUGGAUCAGUGGCUCAUAAGUAUUACCUUCUAAAUAUCCGGCUACCUGUAAAUGAGAAGAAGAAAAUCAAUGUUGGAAUUGGGGAGAUAAAAGAUAUUCGGUUGGUGGGAAUCCACCAAAAUGGAGGCUUCACUAAGGUGUGGUUUGCUAUGAAGACCUUUCUCACACCCAGCAUCUUUAUCAUUAUGGUCUGGUAUUGGAGGAGGAUUACCAUGAUGUCUCGACCCCCAGUGCUUCUGGAAAAAGUCAUCUUUGCCCUUGGGAUUUCCAUGACCUUUAUCAAUAUCCCUGUGGAAUGGUUUUCCAUUGGGUUUGACUGGACCUGGAUGCUGUUAUUUGGUGACAUCAGACAGGGAAUCUUCUAUGCAAUGCUUCUUUCCUUCUGGAUCAUCUUCUGUGGCGAGCACAUGAUGGAUCAGCAUGAGAGGAAUCACAUUGCAGGAUAUUGGAAGCAAGUUGGACCAAUUGCUGUUGGAUCUUUCUGCCUCUUCAUAUUUGACAUGUGUGAGAGAGGAGUACAACUCACAAAUCCUUUCUACAGUAUCUGGACUACAGAUGUUGGAACAGAACUGGCUAUGGCUUUCAUCAUCGUGGCAGGUAUCUGCCUCUGCCUCUACUUCCUGUUUCUGUGCUUCAUGGUAUUUCAGGUAUUUCGAAACAUCAGUGGGAAGCAGUCUAGUCUCCCAGCCAUGAGCAAAGUCCGGAGGCUGCACUACGAGGGUCUGAUUUUCAGGUUCAAGUUCCUCAUGCUUAUCACCUUGGCUUGUGCUGCCAUGACUGUUAUCUUCUUCAUCAUUAGUCAGGUGACAGAAGGCCAUUGGAAAUGGGGUGGUGUCACACUUCAAGUGAACAGUGCUUUCUUCACUGGCAUCUAUGGAAUGUGGAACCUGUAUGUCUUUGCUUUGAUGUUCUUGUAUGCACCGUCUCAUAAGAACUAUGGAGAAGACCAAUCUAAUGGUGACCUGGGUGUUCACAGUGGAGAAGAACUUCAGCUUACCACCACAAUCACCCAUGUAGAUGGACCGACUGAGAUCUACAAGUUGGCCCGUAAAGAAGCACAGGAAUAAGAGGCUAUGGUACGGCACUGGGCUGGAAUUGUCUUUCUGUCCAGCCUCUUCCCCUGGAGCGGGGAGCCUACUAUACAGAGCUCAGUGAAAAGUGAAUGCCUAGUGCUUCUUAGGUAUGGUAUCUUAGACCAAUGGAGUGACAUUUGUCAGAUGACCUCUGAUGGUGGCUGUUGCAAGACUUCUGCCACUAACAUAUAGUGAAUAGUAACAAAAACUGGCAUGACACAUUUUCUAUGAUUUUUGUUAAUUAGUGACAUAGCAACAUCUGUAGCAGGUGGGUUAGUAACCCUCACAUGGAGGGUGUACUUCGUGGGAUGGUUUGGGCCAAUGGGGACUAUAUUGAGUAGAUUAUGACUUUUUUUUCUGUUUUAUAUUCUGGGAUAUGUUUAAUCAUUCUUUACAGUCCAACAUUUGCUGACUUUUUACCCUCCUUCACAGACACUUUUUUUCUAUUUAUAUCACCAAGUGGCCAACUGAGUUAUUAUUUAAGUUGUUGGUGCAAAUGUGUCCACUUUUUAAAAAGUGGCUUACUAUAAAAUAACCAAAUUUCAUUAGAAAUUCUAUCCUGCCAAAGGCAUUUCAACUUUGAAACAAAAUUGCUGUAUCUGAUACUAAUCUGUCUCAUUGGAUAUGGAUUUUGAGAAAUACUUGCUGAACUACCCAAGUAGGGUGUUCAAUAUUAAAUGGCCUUUGGGUCCUAAAAACUUUUUUAACUUCUUGCUUAAAAUGUGUUUUCUUUUGAUAACAUUCCUCAAAUAACCUCCAAAACUGUAAAUCCAAUUAUUUAAAUUAAAAGAAUGUAAAUCUGUACACCUUCCUGCCACAGCAAUGCUCAGACAUACAGAUAAAAGCCUUCUGGAUCUUGCAGUGGCCAGAUACUGGCAGAAACAGCCUGACUACCUAUUCCUGGAGGUGAAGCAAUACCUUCUGCAGCAGGUAGUAACCCUUUCUAGGCCAGCAAGGAAUACUUGUAUAUAUGAGGAAUCAUAUGUUUAGACCCUCAUACACACAGUCUUAUUUCCAUACCCCCAAUAGGGUAUAUAAUGCCUAUGACAUUUUGUUUGCCUUUGUUUUGUUUGUGCUCCUCUUUAUUUUUCAUGCUAAAGAAGCCACAUGGCAUAGCAGAUAAAACAUUGGAUCCUGAAUUUAGAAGGCAGUUUCUAUCAAAGGUCUGCCAUGCACUACUUGUGUGACCUUGUUCAAGCUGUCUGACAUGGCUAUUCCCUCACUUACAAGCUAGCAUUCAUGAAAUGUAACUAUGCACGGUCAAAGUAAAAAAAAAAAAAUAAGUCAUAUACAUGGAAAUGCUUCAUCAAUUAUACAAUCAUAUCAAUAGAUUCACUUUGCAGCCUAACAAAAUUUCAUGAGAGUCAUUUUUUAGACAUUGCUGACUGAAACAAGUUUUGUGGUACAUUCUGUUUAAUUGACCUACCUGGCAAACCCCAUCCAGACUUUUUUGUUACUUUGACUAGAACAGUGGUAAACAGUGACAGAGAAAAUUCUUAGGUGUUUUCGGUUGUCUUUAUGCUUUUUUCUAACCUGGUGAAUGUUGGGUAGCUAUGUGGUCCAUUGUACCCAGCAUCCACUUACUGAUCCUCCACAUGAGUAUAAAGAAUCAAGUAUGGCCUGUACUUCUGUUUCUAUCAGGGAAGAUAAACGUCAAACACUAUAGUGAUCUCUCCUUCUAAAAUAUGGAGUGAGGUGUCUCUAUUUUUUAGGAUGGGAUAAGAAACCAAGAUAGCAUUUAAAAAGUAUUCUUUUCCCAAGGGCCAAAUGAUAGUGGGUAAAGUACAGAAAAGCCAUAGAAGCAAUGUAAUAUGGAAAAGGUUUAUAUAAGGCUAGUGUCAAGCCUCGAUGGUAUGUAAAAUGGCACAAUACAAUCCCUUGCCCUUAGAGCCAAAAUAAGUAUGGUUUUCAAUGUCAUAGUAAGCGUUACCAGAGUGCCUCAAGUUUUAGACAGAGAAGUGAUGUAGUUAGAAUCACCUCUGAAACAAGAGAAGGCUUGAUGGGCCCAGCAACAAGUUUACAGGCCAGAACCAGUCAGCAGCAGAUGAUGGAGGAUUAUUUUGGAGAUAAAGCAGAGAAGUCAUGGUUUGAAUGUUCUUAAUGUGAUCUUCAUAAAGAAGCAAAGAGCAAAGUCAGAUUUCAGAACCUUGCUGGGCAAUAGACUAUCAUGUCCCUUUGCUCAAGUAAAGAUUCCUGGAUAAGAUGCCCAUAUGUCCAUAAAUAGUAGAAGCCAGGCAGGCUUGGUGCCACACACCUUUAAUCCCAGCACUCAGGGAGG